AUGGUCGAGGAGGAUGCUACACUGCGUGAUGUUGAUCUGAACAGGCCGGGAUUACUUUUUAAUGCUAAGAAUGGAGUCACUAAUCCCACCAAAUACUGUAAUAGUAAAGACGCUAACUUUUGGGGGCCUACAGGGUCAGAAUAUGCUUCAAAAGCACCACAGUACCUUCAAAUUGUCGAGAACUUCUCACCUAAUUCUUCUGCUGGUCAAUUCAAAACAUUUAGCACCGGUUUGAUUCAUUUGUAUAGGGCUUACCUGUGGAAACACCAGUUGCAGAAAAUUAAGGACCUGGCAAAACUAAAUAUGCGCGCUGUAAUCAAACUUCUAGAGAUACAAGAUUACGAAUCCGCUACGUGUGCCAUGCUGCUGCUGUUCAACGAAACAGGCCCGAGUCGUAUUUCCACACUAGAUCAAAUCCUGAAAGCGGACUUUACCUGUUAUAACGACUAUUAUUUGGGAGCACUGAAGAUAUUGGUUUUACAGACACUCAUUCGAAGUAAAGUGUAUCGGCAGCAUGAGGAAACCAUAAUCCAAGUAUUCGGGAGAGAUGCUCGCUAUUUACUGAAAAUGAGUAAAGCAAAGGUACCUUCAUUGAUCAAACUAACGCUUAGUUUCUAUUCACUGAUCCCCGAACUUAAAGUUCUUUUUGGCAUCAAAGUUUUGCAAUACGUCAGACAAUUCGAUUUAAACUUUGCCAGCUUCGUUAAAAACAUGACUCUGCAACAAUUCCAAAGUCAAAUUCAGGCUUCAGCCAAACGGGCUUCUCCCAGAGGGUUGAGCAAUCUCACCAUUUUCUACACCGAAUACUCAAAGUUUCACACUACAUCCGACAAACUGAUGCUUCCCGAUUUCUUCGAAGCAACAGGGACAAGUCGCGAAAGCACUGUCUCCAGUGUCAUGGAUGAACUGCGCCUCCCUGCGUGGAGCCACUCAGAAAAAGUACUCGCAACACCGCUAUCACUGGAUGAACAAAGCAUGUUAGUGAGCUCAAUAGAAGCCAGCAUAAGUGAGAAGGCGUCCGAGGUACCCAAGACUUCUGUCUUAUUACUUAACUUCAUGCAUCUCGCAAAUGCUACUCUUAGUUCGGGCCUCCGACAAAUAUGGAGACUCGUUGACAAGAUAACCAUUUUCCUCAAUACACAUCUCUCUCUCAUCACUUUACAUGUUUUGAAAGAUCUGAUGGUCAGUACAUGCGAGUUUUGUGUUAAUAACGGAGAAAUAAAACGACUAUUCAACAUGGCCAACGUCGCAUUCAACGCUUUUGUUGUUCAUAAGGUCGAUGCUUUCCUUAUAGAAGCUUCUCGUCUUGAUCUAUUCGGCCAAACGCUGUUAGAAGACCAAGAUAUUAAUCUUGCAAAGCUUGAGAGAUUCCUUUCCAGCGCAUCAACAGAACAUCGACUUACACUAUUGGAGAGAUUCUUCAGCGUUUUCACACUUUUCAAGUUUGAUAAACUUAGUCGGAUAGCUUGCGUCGUAGGAAAGUUCUCUAAGUGCUUCAAGUGUUUGCAGAAAAGACAACUGCCGGGUUUCAAAGGAGCAUCUGAACUUAUGUUGUGUCUGCUAGGCCCACUUCUUUUCCCAGAUGUUGGCUCCAUCGAACAUUGGAGUCCUCUCACGCAAAUGAUGUUUGAUUCACAGCGAGGUUAUAUGAAUUUCGGCGAAAUUCAGAAGAAAAGUGCCGACUACCUCGACCCGCUGAGGCUCUACGAGCCUCUACUAAAAACAUCUUAUGCCUUGGGACUGGAGACAAAAACCGAAACGUCUAUCAAACUGGCUAAGAUAACGGAUGUUUACAUUGAGAGAUGGGUCAAAAGAAAGGAUGCUGUUGAUGAAGCGUUAACCGUUCUUGAACAUUCAUUAAUUCACGCGCUUUUCGGUUUCUUACGCUUUAAUAGAUUUUACAGCAAGAUGGUGUUUUUGGCAAACGCAUUGAUUUCGCAGGCCGAUAAACACUACGAGACGUGCCAAGUCUACAUCCGCAGGCAAUUGAUAAUCGGCCAGGCGGGCCUUAAUUUAAACGAUGAAACUCGCAGCAAUGCGCGUACAUUACAGCACACGUCCAAUCUUUCUACCGCAGGCGCUACCGAGCUGGCAGAGUCUCUGGAUAUCCAGCUUCUUUUAAUAGAGAAAGACCUCAAAGUUGCAGAAUUCAACGAAAUAUUUGUUUAUGGACUUCCGAGAAUAAGACCAGAAAUACUUGACACGGCUAACGCAAGAAAAAUGCCAACAAAAGUUUAUGUCAAGUUUUUGUUGCUUACUAUCAAAAUUUUAUGCACGAGCUCUAUUUUGCAACUGCAUUGCGGCUGUCUAGAAAGCGCACUAAUUGAUGCUAAAAGAUCUUUAAAGCUAUGCCAAACCCUUUUGAAAAAGUUAGCACAUAUCAAUCAAGAGGCACAAUGGGAAAUCUUCACGUCUUUGUGCAAAACUUACAGGCAGAUUAUCGAAAUUUAUAUUCGGGUGAGUAUUGCUAAAGACUGCGAGUUUUUUGUUGCAGAGUAUCUGAAGGUUGCCUGCUCUACUAAUUCACCAAUAGUGAUGUUCGAUUGUCUUCAUGUCUGUAUUGAAUACUACCGAGUCACUGAACAAAUUGAACUAGCCGACGCACUACUGAAGAAAGCAAAUGAAACUUUCAAACGCAUUGACGAUAACGAAUGUUUUGAAGCUGAGCUCUGGAUGUUCUUCGAUAACAGAGAGAACGAACGUUUGAAAACUCGACUCAAUCUCAUAAAAACAAGCAAUAGACCACUUUUCAACGCUUGGACAGUAAAGCUGGGGAACGAAGUUUUGAAUGAGCCGAUCGAUGCUCUUCAGAACAAAGCGAAUGACAUGAACAAAGGAAAAAUACUCUACGAAAAUGUGAUCAAUCAAAUGGAUGCCGACCCUUUUUUCAGAAGCAUGAGGGACAUUGUUACCACUGUUCCAUCUUCUGUGACAGCGGCUCCGCAACCUAAAGCUUUUUUUCCAAGAAACACUGAUCUUUCAACGCCGGUGAAAAGUAAGGCAACUAUGUGCGUUGCCGAAUCUCCCAGACCAUCUUCUUUAACACCUCGGAGUAAACCUUUGAGACAAAGCUUUGACUUUAUGAAAACUAUCAAUGAUUUGAGAAGUCUAAAAGUGUUAAUCGAAGCACUUGAAUUGGAAGGAAACCAGACUUUCAAAGUUAGGGAAAUAUCUGAUCUCUAUUCCCUUUCGCUUUCACUUUUAAGCAGCAUGGAUGCUGGUAAACUUAGCAGGCCGGAGCUGAAUCGGAAUAUCGCGCUUCAUGACAUUCCGACGUAUCUGCCAAUGACAUUCGAUCGAGCACUUUCAAAACAAGGUAACGAAAUUUAUGGAUCCUUUGCACCCAAAGCCAUUGUACGAGAGGAAUUUCCUUUCAAAGACCACAUGAAUCAAUUCCAAAAAAUAUUGUGCGACCAACCGCUGAAAUUAGACACCAAAUUUGAUGUGAUAGGUAUCGAUAUAUGUGGAGCAAGUGGUGACCUACUUUUAUCCAAGAUAGAGUUCGCUGCAGAUUCCAUUUGUGUGAGAUUACCGUUAGGGCGGCAAUGCUCUAGAGACGUUGAUGAGGAGGUUUUCACUUAUAACGACGCUAUUGCCGAAUUACACGACAUAAUAAGCGCUAACAAUUUAUCCACAACAAUCGAAGUCACUUCGAAAAUAAACACAAAGGAAGAUCGCAAAGAUUGGUGGCAACAUCGGUAUGGGCUCGAUAACAGAUUGCAUGCGAUGCUUCAAAAAAUUGAACGCUCUUGGUUUGGUGGUUUUAAAGCAUUUUUUAACCAGAACAUCGUCGAGCAGCAGCAUCUCGACAUUUUCAGACUUAAAUUUGAAGAAAUCUUGCAGCGCACCCUGCCCACCAGAAAACAGUUCAAAAGUCCAAACUCUUUCUUCAGGAUUGAUGAUAGUAUUCUAGGCCUCUUCCUCAAAUUAGAUCCUUUAGAUGCGGACUUCACCGAUUCGAUGGAGGAUCUGGUGUUUUUUGUUUUUGACCUUUUGCUCUUUCAUGGCGAGCAAAAUGCCUAUGACGAGAUUGACACUGCAUUAUUACAUGUAAAAGUUGAAGAGCUCAUACACGAAUACCGGAAAAAUGCAAACCAGGCCAGCAAGUUGUCUCACACUUUCCUCAUUGUAUCGGGUGCGGGCCACUCAAUACCGUGGGAAAGCUUGAGCUUUUUAAGCGAAAACUCAGUUAGUCGACUUCCUUCCAUUCAGACAUUAUUGGAAAUGACUAAAAAGGGACAAGGCAUGCUAUCGCCAAAAGUAGUUUUGGAUGAAAAGGUCUCGGUGAUACUCGACCCCCAAGGAGAUUUAUCCCGUACGCGGAACACGUUCAAAAAUACGUUUACUGAAUGGAACUCCACGAUCCCACAGUCGAAGCUUCUGGUGGGCGAAAGACCCGAGGAGAGUCAUUUCCUAGAUAUGCUUAGCGAUUCGAAAUUGUUUGUUUACAUGGGACAUGGUGGAGGUGAGCAGUAUGUGCGUCUGAAGAAAAUCAAGCAGCUCGACAAAGUGGCUCCAAGUUUUCUUCUGGGAUGCUCCUCUGCCUACAUGGAGCCUAAAGGUAAACUAGAAUCCUCUGGGGUUGUCUACUCAUACCUGUUGGGCGGUUCGCCGAUGGUCUUAGGAAACCUAUGGGACGUGACGGACAAAGACAUAGACAAGUUCAGCAGCGUGAUGUUCAAUGAAUUAGGAAUUAUAGGGCAAUCCGCACCGGGCAAGACUGUUACCGAGGCUGUGUCAAUUGCACGCGGGUCAUGUCACUUGAGAUAUCUGAACGGAGCUGCACCAGUGGUUUAUGGGCUCCCGCUGAGCUUUAGGAGGUGA